AUGCAACUGCUUUUAUUCCCAGCUCUGUACCUCCCCAACAACCCCGGUGAACCAUUCGUUUCACACCUAUCAAAAUACGAUGGUUAUCGGGUCGAAAAACGAAGGGAUAACAUGGCUGACUACUAUGUGAAAGAGCCGGACGAGUCUGAGCGUCUGCGAAGAGUUACCUUCAUUGCUGUCCUGAUCUCAACGACAGCGGUUCUGUCAACAGUGGUCACUCUACCGUUGAUUUACAACUACAUCCAAGCCAUGCAAACACACAUGUCAAGCGAACUGGAUCAUUGCCGGACGAAAUACAAUAUAAACGUAAAAGCAGAGGGGGAUCAGCAAACGAAAGAAGCGUAUUAG